AUGUCACUCUAUGCAAAGUUUCUUAAAGAACUUAUCACCAAGAAGAGAAGCUGGCAUGAGAAAGAGACUGUGAUCCUAACCCAAGAAUGCAGUGCAAUUAUUCAAAAGGGGUUUCCACCAAAACUCAAAGAUCUAGGAAGCUUCCUUAUACCAUGCACUAUUGGGAACAUGACAAUUGAUAAAGCACUAUGUCACUUAGGAGCAAGUAUUAAUAUAUUGCCUCUUGCCAUGUUGAAGAAAUUGAUGAUAGAGGAGGUUAAGCCUACAAGAAUAUCAGUACAACUUGCUAACAGAUCUCUCAAGAUACUUAAUAGAGUAGUGGAGAAUCUAUUAGUGAAAGUUAGAGAGUUCAUUUUUCUAGCGGACUUUGUGGGCCUAGACAUGGAUGAGGAAGGAAGUAACUCAAUCAUUCUUGGAAGACCUUUCUUGGCCACAGCAAGGGCGAUUAUUGAUGUUGAAAAGGGUGAAAUGGUUCUUAGGGUGCAUGAUGAGCAAAUGGUUCUCAAUAUUUUCAAGGCAAUGCAAUACCCUUCUAAGAAAGAAAACUGUAUGAGGAUUGAUAUGGUGGAUACUUUAGUUGAAGAAGCACUUGAAGCAAGCCAAUAUGAAGAACAUGAAGGAGAAACUCAAGACAUUCAAGUGGAAGAUUUAGAGGAGACACAAGCAUUUGAAAAUUUAAGUGAAGUUAAGGAAGAAGGGGCACCAAAGCAAGAAUUGAAGCCUCUGCCUCCAAAACUAAAAUAUGCCUUCCUUGGUGAUAAAGAGACCUUCCCAGUGAUCAUUAACUCCACCUUAAGCCCAUAA